AAAUUUUUUUUUGUUUGGUAAAGAUGCAGCUCUUCUAAGAUUGCGCCACUAUGAAAUCACCAGACUUCUGCGUCGUUUUCAUUUCGUACCAUGAGCUUCAUGGAGUCGCCAUAACCGGAGCCGGAGCACCAUCGCGUACCUCCUUCGGCUCUGUGUCGUCAUGCUCGAGAUGUUGCAGAUGGAGUCGAGAGAGGUGAAUCGAGAGCAUCAGUCACCACAGCUCGAUCAAUUUGCAGCAUACAAGGAUGAGGACGCCAGAUCGAGCAGUUUUGGUAUUCACGAACCGGUUGAUUACAGUAAGCUUUUGGGUUAUUUGAGAUCUGAGCUUUUUCAUCAUUUGCGAUUUUUCAUGUUUGGUCCCUGAUCUUUGUUACUUUGAUUUUGGCCCCAAUUUUUUUAAAUAAAUAGACUUUUCAUCAAUUUUACCUCAAACCUUAAAAUAUGAUGAGAUUGUUUUUAAGGUUCUGAUGGCUCUUAGUGAAAGUUAUUAUACCUUUAGCCGAUCAUUGAUCGAAAAAUCCAAUUAAUAAUUAUGAUAUCCAGAUAAUUGAUAUAUACUACUUAACUUAUUAGAGUUUGAGUCUAUAGUGAUAAUCGACUAAUGAUCGAAAAACCCAACUAACAAUAAUAGUAUCUGGAUAAUUACUUUAAUUAUCCAACCACUAACAUAACAAUCAGUUAAUAUGUAAAAUAUUUGGAUAAAUUAAAAUAUAAUCAUGCGAAUUCACGAAUGAAGAUAAAUGAAAACAUAUGUCUAGUAGUCAAACUAAUAUAUAGUCUCAAAAUAUAUUUGUUAGCCGUCUAAAAUAGUUUAAACUUUCCGAUUAUAAGGAGCAAGAAUAAUAUUAUCAUUUUUACCCUUUUUUCUCUGCACUUAUGAUUGUUUUUUUUUUUUGAAUUUUCAAGUUAUUAAGUAUUUUUUAUGCAAUUCGCUCUUACUAUGGUUUAAGAAGAAAAAGAAAACAAAGAAAGAAAGUGUUUAAGAAAAAAAAAAAAAAAACCAAAGAAAGAAAGAACUUUGCGGUCAAGUAAAAGAUUGCGUUUUGGUAUUACGGUUAGAAUACCGGUUCUAGUCAAAGGGUAAGUAUGUAAAUUCAUAGCCAUCGAGAGAUCAUCAAACCCCCACCCCCAAGAUGAAGAACAAGUAGAAGAACCCUUUCCACAAGGCUCAACCUUCUUCUUCAUCGAAUCAAAUCAAAUCAAAUCAAUCGCAUCCGCUUUUUCCUGAUUCUCCGUCGACGAAAUACGAUUCCGUUGUUGAUCGAUGAACUUGUCAAGGCGACUGGCUCUGCUAGGAGCUCAAUCCGCGCUCUCAAUCGCCAGAACCCGAGGUCUGGGCUCCUCCUCCUCCUACGGGUUAAUUGAUCGCCGUCCCUUCCAGUUCCGGCAAAUAUCGGAGCUCACCAAAGUCAAUGGCAAGCGUGCUUUUCUCGUCGAUACCCUGGCUCUGGUGAGGAGUCUUGAAGCACAAGGUGUUCCAUCGAAACAAGCUGAGGCUAUUACUUCUGCCAUCACUGAGGUUUUGAAUGAUAGCUUGGAGAAUGUCUCUGAGUCCUUUGUUUCCAAGGCUGAGAUGCAGAAGAUUGAAAUGCUCCAAGAUUCUAAUCUCUCCAAAUUUAAAUCUGAAGUCAAAAGCUCUCAGGAGCAUCAUUUUACUGUUUUACAACGCGAGACAGAAAAACUAAGAGGGGAUAUAGAGAAGAUGAGAAGCGAGCUAAGGUAUGAAAUUGAUAAGGUCACAGCUGGACAACGCUUGGAUUUGAAUCUUGAAAGAGGCCGGAUACGUGAUGAGCUAGCUAAUCAGAAUUCAGAAACAACAAACCUCACAAACAAGCUUGACAGAGAAAUUCAUGCAUUGAGAGCUCAACUAGAAGCGGCCAAAUACGAAGUAAUCAAAUACUGCAUCGGUACACUGGUCUCCAUUUCAGCAGUUGGACUCGCAGUCCUUCGCAUAAUGAUGUAGUUGAAUCUAACCCUCAAGACUUAUAUGCUCAAAACAAAAGUUGGUAGAUUCUCAUUUUUUUUUACUUGAAACCUCAACGUCAUAUUUUUUUUUUCUUUUCUGGCGUGGAAAAGAGAGAGGAAAAAAACAAUGUUAUUGUAAUCGUGAUCUCUUGGGCUAAUCAUCCUUGCUAGAACAGGUUUUGAAUUUGCCCCGAGUAUUAUAUUCAAUCCAAGGAACGUUGGUUUUUUAUUACUAA